UCAGUCAAAAUAUUGCAAAGAAUAUUACGCUCGAUAACAAUCGUGGAAACUUCGAUGUGUUAGAAUUAAAUAAUGCCGAUGGCGUCAACAAUGGUAAAAGUUUAAAUUACUCAAAUUUAAAUAUCGCUGCAAGAUCGAAAAAUUUCGUUGGUCAAAGCUACGUGAUAGACUCUUGUAUCGCGAACGGAGAAAAGAACGAGAGAGAGAUGUCAAAAUCGAGCGAAAGAAAGAUGGCAAAAACAUCGAUGCAUUCUUAUGUAAAUACGGAGACACAAAAGCUGGCGUAUCACGUAAAGGGCGAUCGAAACAAUGCAGAUAAGCCUUGGACAAACGUAAUAAAUGACCAAGUAUUAGAUAAAAGUUCGGCCUUUAGCCAAGCUGGCGAUAAAGAAUAUGACAAAAGUAACAAGAAGAAAGAGAGUAAGAAGGAAAAGCAUGGGGAGAGAGAGCUGCGCAUUAACGUGAAACGUAAAGCGGCACCGAUAAAUCUGUCAAGAAAGGCAAAGUCAUUCCUUCGGAAGAAAUCCCGUUUCGCGAUUACAGAUUCCGACUGUACUCUGAUCCUACCUGGUUAUCGCGGCAUUAAAGGUAAACGAUACAAAAAGAGCCGCCAUCGUUCCAAAAUAAGUCAAUCGUUGCGCGAAAGAAACGGAAUAAACAGCACGAAUUCUUUAUUAGUAAAGUACGACACGUCGAAACAAGAUCGAAUGAAUUCUCGUUCGUUAAUGAAUCUACGAAUGAGAAAUUCAUUUGAGAAGCCCUUCUCCAUUCCCUUGGAGACUCAAGAGCUGUUGAACAAAAAUUAUUGGGAGUAUUUCUGGAAACUCCGGUGUAAAAUGGAGCCAGAUAAUGCGAAAGAAAAAGAAGAAUGUUUAAAUGAGCAUCAUCUACCCGAAUCUCAAACGUUACGACAAUGCUCCGUCCUCUCUUGCAUGAUCAAUACAGCGCUUCAAGAUUCGACUCGGGUGACUGAUGAUGAAAGAUUGAUGAAGGUUCAACGACAAAGGGUGAAACAAGCGAAUAAACGGUUGCUUGGACAUCGAGCCGUAGCACUGCUGUGUGUCGCGUUCUAUGUCGCGGUAAUAUUUUUGCCUAUGAUGUACGACUAUUUCUUUGAGGAGGAAUACAACGAUGAGAACACGAAUUAUCUCGAACUAAUGUUCCAAUACAUCACAUCGUUAUUUGGAGAAGCUCUCGAUGGAGUUACCGAUGUCUUGACUACGAUUCUAUUACGGCCAGUAAGAUUUGGUCGAAAGCGGUAAUCUUUGACUUUUGAUAAAUUCUUGAUAGAUAGUUGGUCAUGUCUGUAAAAAUCCAUAUUAAGUGUUUUAUAAUCUGUGUCGUUUUCAGCGUUUGUAAUGUGAGAAAUGUUAAAUUAUUCAAAUCCACGUGUCUUUAACGUGUUUCGUCACUCAUCCUUGACUGAUCGUUUGU